AUGCGCCACGUCCUCGCGUCCCUGCUCGCUCUCACCCAUGCGCGCCUCGCGGAGCGGCGCGGCUUCUUCGAGCUGCACAUGGACCUCCAGCUCGACGAAGGCCAGGUCCUCUUCGUGACGCGGGACUACCGCAUCGACGAGGACGUGGCCCUCCUCUGCGCCGCCGUCGCGCCGACCUCGGCGAGCUGCCCGAGCAUCGCAAAAACCGCGGCGUCGCACGUGCUGGACCGCUGCCUCUACCUCAUCCACCUGGGCACGGACGACGGCAAGGCCGCGUGCAAAUGGGUCGUCGCGGACGCGACGGAGACGGAGGCGUCGCCGCCCGAGGACGACCUCGUCGCGCUCGUCGACGCCUACGAUGCGGGCCCGGGCCUCGAGAAGUACCGCCACUACUUCGAGGUCUACGAGCGGCAUCUCGCGCCCUUCCGGCGUCGAAGCUUCCGCAUGCUCGAGAUCGGCGUCGCCGACGGCGGCUCGAGCGUGCUCUGGCGGUCGUGGCUCGGGCCGGGCCUCGAGCUCCACUGCGCCGACAUCAACCCGCGCUGCGUCGCGGGCGACCCGGCCGCGACGACGCACCACGGCGACCAGGCGGACCCGGCGUUCCUCGCGCGGAUCCUGGCCGCGGCGUCGGGCGCGCUCGACGUCGUCGUCGACGACGGCGGCCACGGCAUGCGCCAGCAGAUCGGCACGUUCGAGUUCCUCUACCCGAGGCUCGCGGCCGGCGGCGUCUACGUCGUCGAGGACUGCCACACGUCCUACUGGCCGUCCUUCGGCGGCGACGGGCCCCGGUCGUUCGUGGAGUUCGUGAAGCGGAAGAUGGACGCGCUCCACUACUUCCACCUCCCCGUCGCGUCGGACGCGCGCGCGCGCCUGUCGGCGGAGGACGUCGCCUUCGCGCGGGAGACCAAGGCCAUCAGCGUCUUCGAGUCCGUCGUCGUCUUCGAGAAGCGGGAGACGGCGAUCUCGCCGACGGAUUUAGCCCCGGUCAUCCGGGGCUCCGUGUUCACGCCGGGCGUCGGCCAGCGCGCGGACUCGACGGCCGGGAUCGGCUACGCGCUCUACGACGCCUAA